UUGCAUGAUAGCCGAGGUAAUCGGAAUAUGUCAUGUUAACAAUAAGUUUGUCGUGUUUAAAUAUCCUGGUUUAAAAAGCGAAGGUCAAAAAAUGGAUUAUUUAUAUAAAUACAUGUUUACGGCUAAAAAACAAGUUCAGGUGCAGAAAACGUCGAAAGGAAAAGCACGUUCAAAGAGUCACUCUUCGAGCUCCCGGUUAUUUUCGUUUCUUGGUGAUUUAUCGACCACAAAGAAAACACCGAAAAAGAAGACACCAAGCGAGAAAGCAAAACCAAAGAAGAAAGAGGGCGUGACAGGUGCGGUACAAGCGGGACCAUCAACCAGUAAGAAAAAGACGGCGUAUGAAGGCUCUGGAAUGGGCCAUGGUGGCGAGAUCAUGUUUGAGGCUCAAAAACAAGUUCAUCUGCAGAAAACGUCAUUCAAUGAUUGUUUCCAACAACAAGAAUCGAAAGAAGAAAAACUUUCAAUGAGUUACUCUUCGAGCUCCGAGGCUCAAAAACAAGUUCAUCUGCAGAAAACGUCAUUCAAUGAUUGUUUCCAACAACAAGAGACGAAAGAAGAAGAACUUUCAAUGAGUUACUCUUCGAGCUCCCAGGCUCAAAAACAAGUUCAUGAGCAGAAAACGUCAUUCAAUGAUUGUUUCCAACAACAAGAGUCGAAAGAAGAAGAACUUUCAAGGAGUCACUCUUCGAGCUCCGAGGCCGAAAAACAAGUUCAGGUGGAGAAAACGUUAUUCAAUAAUUGUUUACAACAACAAGAGUCGAAAGAAGAAGAAAUUUCAAGUCACUCUGUGGACUCCGAGUUUUUUUCGUUUCUCGAUGAUUUACCGACAACAAAGAAACCAGAAACACCAAAAAAGAAGACACCAGGCGAGAAAGCAAAACCAAAAAAGACAGAGGGCGUGACAACUGUUAAAAGAAAGGCGGUAACAGCGGGACCAUCCACCAGUAAGAAAAAAAAGAAGGCGUAUGAAGGCUCUGAAAUGGGUCAUGGUGGCGAGAUCAUGUUUGAGCUUUCGAUGAUGAAGUAUUUGACAGCAAAUAAAAAGGAUGGAAAAUUAACGGUUGGUAUCAGAGAAUAUUACCAUGAUGAUGGGAAGUUACUGCCAAGUAAAGAAGGAAUAUCUUUAACUUUGGACCAAUACCAAAGGCUGAAGAGUCAGCUAGCAUCGGUUGAUAAAGUGUUGAAGAACCUCUCGUAAUUUGUAGAGUCGUAGUUACAUUCUAUUUUUUUGUAUCUCUUCUUAUCUUUAUGCUCUGCUUUAUACAAGGCGUUUCAUAUUAUUAACGUCUCUGACAGGUAAAAUACUUAUCAUUGUAACCAAUGUUCUAUAUUCAUAUAUCAUAUGUAAUCAGGAUUGUCUUGAAUAUAUUAAAAAGUAAAGGAAGAGAAAAGGGAAAAUAUAGUUUUAGCCUGGUGGACUGAAAUGUGCGAUAUUUUUAAUUUAAAGAAAGUGUUAAACUGUAAUAGAUACAUAAAUAUUGAACAAUGAUUAAAAAAAAAUAAUGUUGUUAACCAAAUUAUUGUUGAAGAUAAUAGAAAAAAUUGCAUGAUGAUAAAUGGUAUUGUUAAAUAUUUGAAUACAAUGCAAAUUAUAAAUGAUAAGGGACACAACGUUUAAUAACUUGUUUUAGUCAUACACUGCUACGUUAAUUUUGUAUUACAUAUAUAUUAUACAAGAAAAGCAAAACGUCCAAGCAAGAAAUGCAGAAAGUGAAGAUGAACUAGUAGACAUAUGAUGACAAGAUAUUCUUAUAAACUUUUCAAUGGUUAAUUGGUUUUUACCAAAAUGAACAGAUGAAAGACAUUGUUCAUUAUGAACUUUGAUUGACAUGCUAGAGAUUAGAAUAUUACUUGUUAUUUCUUUAUGAUCGUGAUUUUUAAUAGCAACGGAUAUACAUGUAUACAAUCAUUUAUAAUUCAUAUGUGUAACGCAUGAUCAACACGUACCACACUUGUGUAAUUGUCCCUUAUUAUGGAAGACCACAUCUUAAGGUAUCUGUUCACACUUAGUAAAAAUAUGGCACUGGCUAUAUUACCAUGUUGAUUAUUUUGAGCAUAAUUGUUUAUUAUAAAUACAAUAAUUGUUAUAUCUAUUUCAAUAUAAAAAAAUACAAAUUUUAUGAAUAUUGUUUUCCUCUCUUUUUUGUGUUUUUGAGUUUUUACGUUUACUACUCUCUUUUUCUUAUAAACAUUGUAAAAUAAAUUUUAAGAAUUCAAUUGUCAUAUUGACCGAUGAUUAUAAGUCAAAACUUAACUGGAAAAAGUCAGUAAAUUAUGGUUAAUCUUUCAAUAUAUAAUGUUGUUUAUUCUUAAACCAUGUACAUGUACAUUUGUAUUUUUCUUUAUCUUUUUUUAAAUUAUCAAUCAAUUGAAUAAUUCAUAAAAUCUAAUUUGUAACUUUGAAUAAUUCCUCGGCAUCUUUACUAAACACGAAUGACAAAUUAAAUAAAAUGUUUCAAAGUUGAAAGUGUCAUAUUAAUACGAUAAAAAUGUACCUUUUUUCUCAAUUAUUGUACAUAUUUAUUGUUUUUAUCUCAUAUAGAUAAAAUGAAACAUGCUAUUGUUGUUUUUUUUUCGAAUUGUAUGUUUUUGUAUAAUAAUAAUCAAUAAAUUUGAGAGUUGG